UUUGUUAAUUUGUGCACACAAGUAACUGUUGGAGCAUGAUAUAUUAAAAAAAAAAGUGUUAAAUAAGAGUGUGUACUGGAUCAAGUGCUUUUUUAUUAGAUAAUAAGGAUGGAUGCUAUAUUGUUGAAUUAAACCAAAUGUUGCACUAACAUUUGCCUCGCACCUCCAGGAAUCGGGGUUAGAUUCCCAUCUCCGCCCUGUGUGCAUGGAGUUUGCAUGUUCUCACUGUGCUUUGUAAGGUUCCAGCAGGUACUCCAGUUUCCUCCCCCAUUCCAAAGACAUGUGUCGCUCCCUGCGACCCUGUGUAGGAUAAGCAGUACAGAAAAUGGAUGGAUUGAUAUACUAGACUCCUUAUUUCUUCUUACUAGAUUUAUUUCAGUGCUUACCAUCUUCCUUUUUUUCAUCUAGUCUUUUUUAUUUUCCAUUUUUAAAUCCUCUCAUUAUUAGGAUUAAAGGCAAGUGCUUAUCUUUAAAAGGUGGUGGUCUAGAUACUAUUUUAAAAAAAAACAUUUUGUGAACUCAAACAACCUGGCGAUCUUGGAUGGCACAUAGUUACAGAACUACAUAUAUGGUUAAUAUUUUCGGGACUACCGCAAAUUUGUACAAAUAUUACAACAGUUUAGGGUUAGGGAAACGUUGUUUUUUUGUUUUUUUCUUGUUUUGUUUUUUUUAAUCUAUUUUUUUUUAAAUAGACUUAACACAUUUUUCACUAGAGACCAAACAGUCUUCUUUAUGCCAAGUAGAAGUAGCAGCAGGACUAUGAUUAUAAUUAUGAUUUCCCUGGAUGGUGAUGCAUCAUGAUAAGCACAUAAUCUGUUCUUCUAUCUCCAGCAGUCGCCGACCCAUCAGUCUGUAGCGCUAAUUCACUAAGUGUCUCUGGCCGUGCCUUAGGACCAUUAACGUCUGGAACAUUACAGCGUGUGUCCAUAAUUUUUGUAAAUUGUGCAGGCUGGGACAUUUUUUAACAUUUCCCACUGGAGAAUAGCAGCAGCAGCAGCAGCAGCAGGAAGGGUGCCAUCUUGGGAUUGUUUUACAAUGCUUCCAGCAAGAUGAUUAUGCAUGAUACUGAUAUGAUUCUAAUCUCUACAAUGUUUUUUUUUUUUUUCCUUUUGCUUAAUAAAGAUCUCCACUGAUGUAUAAUUCAUAUUUGAUUAGAUUGUUGUGAUGUUGUACUAAUAAGUCCAAUAUGGACUGGAGCAGGAAUCUCCAUCUUUAGUCACGGCAUGACAUAAUACUGCACAGUUUCCUGUUUUUCGUGCUCAAUCACACCUGAUUCAAUUCAAGUAUAAGUUACAGUAUAAGGUGUGUUAACUGUAUAUGAUGCGCUGCUGAUAUUUUGCGACAUGCUGCUAGUAACCUGAGUCACUAGCAAUAAAUACAGGCAAUAACAAUGUCAAAGAAGCUAGUCUAUAAUGAACAUUACAGCUAGGAAGGGUCUAGCUGUGCAGUUCAAUGUCUCUCGGGGAUGUAAAUUUGAUCGUGCUUGCUCUACACUAAGGAAGUUUCCAGUUGUAUGAGCUCAACCCAUUGGGUUUUGUGUGUAAUUGGUUAGAGUUAACAGUAGUGCAAUCCCAGUGCUCAUGUUCCACAACUGUUUUUGAGAAGAAUACAGCUCCUCUCUCAAAACACAGCCUUGGGAGAGACAUCCUUAUCUGAGAUAUUCCCUUACUGGAGCCAGCUCAGGAACAGCGCCAAGAAAGCUGUAAGAGGAAAGCCGGUGCAUCCUUCUCGCUCCCUCAGCAAUGAGCCAGAUCUUUUUGUUGACCUUCACAGAGCAGAGCUGUUGCCUUUGUGCUUAAAAUUUUUUGUCUUUAUUACUGUUUUUCAGUUCAUUACCUCAUUAAAAGGUAAAGAUAAUUCAGGCAUGUUAAAGCACUUAAGCCAUAUAUUUAUGAAGUUGUGAGGUUCAAAGGAACUCAACCACUUAAAAAAAAUAGUGGGGUACUGAGUUUGGAGGGGUGAGGGGGCAAGUUUGGAGCAGACGAUUGGCAGUUUGUGGUGGUAGUGGUUGGGUUUCAUGGGUGGGUUGGCAGGUUUGGAACAGGGAAUGGGCAGAUUGGAGUGCUAGUUGCUGGGUUUAGGGAUGGCUGGGUAGGUUUGGAGCAAGGAAUGGGCAGAUUGGAGUGGUAACACCUGGUUUUGGAGAAGGGCAAGUUUGAAGCUGAGUGAGAGGGGGCUUGCAUUUUUGGAGCAGGCAAUGAGCAGGAUUGGAGCAUGCAGUUGGCACAUUGGGGUGGUACUGGCUGGGUUUGGCACCAUUAGUGUUUAGAGUGGAUGUGGAGCUUGGCUUGAAUCAUGUUCUUAGCUGGAUUCUGGAAGGUUGCGUUUUUCUCAGUCAAUAAAGCAACUAAGACAGGAAGGGGGCACAACCCCUUUGGGGUUCAAACUCAUGAUAUGCCAACUUCCACUGACCCUUUCUCUCAGUCAGCAGUCGCUUCUUCUUCUUUUUGUUCUACUUCUACUCAUUAGUGCAGUUCCUAUUUUCCUCCUCCUCUCACAAGUCCACCUCUCCAUCUCCGUCUUUCUCUGCCCCUGUCUCUCUGUCUCUCUCUCUCUGCUCUCUCGGUCUCUCCUUCUGUCUGUCUCUCUCUCCUUCCCCCAGGCGAGGCCUUGGGCGUCCAGCUCACACAUCCGUCACUGCACCAGCCUAGCUGUCAGACAGAAAGAGAAAGAUUGGUUAGCUGUUGUUUAGAGCUAAUGUCGAUCGAGCAGACAGGCCCUGGUGAAAAGCCCUCGUUAGUCAGCAGUAAAGUGAUGGGAGAAUGGCAGAGCAAUGGAGAGUAAAGAGAGAGAGUGAGAAAGAGGGCCAGACCUCAAAACAUUUACGGCAUCAGGUAUGGGGUUAGCCACAAACGUGAUAAAACUCAGGUUCAUUUGAUUGGAUUUCAACCUUUGAGCAGCGUGUAGUAUUCAGAGUGUCCUACUGCAGAGAUCAUCUAUAUUUUACAGCAAAAGUUGCUCUCCCUGAUGUAUUGUGAGGGUAUUUAUACACUCUGCCUCUUUCUCUGUCGGUCCCUUCUCUUUUCCUGUCAGGUUGAUCUUUGCAUUCGACACUUUUUGUAAAAAAUCGAUACAGAGGCACAGAAAAUAUGUCCUAUUAGGGACUGACUUGUCUACUUCAUGUCAGUUUGUCCUGUACAUGAAAUGUGUGUCAUGUACAGCAACUUUUUAUUAUUUUAAUAUUUUCUCUCACCUACCUGUCAAGGAUCAUGAGAUGCACAUUUUCUGAAGGACAGUAUGAGUUAUAAAUUGUUUCACCACUCAUAAUGGUAGGUCAUGAUAGACCUAAAGGUUAUCAAGAAUAUAUCAUGUAUUGUGUAUAGUUUCUUUAUUCCUGUGACUGAAAUUCCUUUUUUUUUUUUUUUUUUUAAAUGAGCAAACACAGUGUGGGUGUUGUAGAAUCUAGUACCUGUAGCACUUCCUGUCAUUGUUACUAUGUAAGCCUUACAGAACAAUCCCAUGUCUAUCUCUCUCUGCCCAGGUGUUAUGUAGAUGACAAGGUGUCCAAAGUGGCCUGGCUUAACCGCUCCAACAUCAUCUUCGCCAGUGAGGACAAGUGGUCCCUUGACCCCCGUGUGGACCUGGUGACAAAGGGCCAGCUUGAGUACAGCCUGCGCAUUCAGAAGGUGGAUGUAUAUGACGAGGGGCCCUAUACCUGCUCGAUCCAGACCAAGCAGCAGCCCAAGACCUCACAGGUUUACCUUAUUGUACAAGUUCCAGCCUUAAUUUACAGAGUGUCAGAGGACGUCACGGUGAACGAAGGCAGUAACGUCACCCUAAGCUGUCUUGCUAAUGGUCGGCCCGAUCCGUCCAUCACCUGGAGGCUGCUCAACCCAUCAGCUGAGACCCUGGACGUGGGUGAGUAUUUGGAAAUUUCCGGCAUCAUGCGCACUCAGGCCGGCCGCUACGAGUGUAAGGCUAACAACGACGUCGCUACACCCGACGUCAAGUACGUCAACGUGGUCGUCAACUAUCCACCUUUUAUUAAAGGGGCUAAGAGCUCGGAGACACAGGUGGGACGUCCCGGAGUUCUGCAGUGCGACGCCACAGCAGUGCCCAAACCAGAGUUCGAGUGGUACCGAGACGACAAAAGGCUGUCGAACAUGCAGGGGAUUAGUAUCCACAUCAUUGGCUCUCGCACUGAGCUCAUUGUGGCCAACGUCACAGAGGACGAUUACGGAAACUACACCUGCGUGGCCACCAACCGGCUGGGCAUACACAAUGCUAGUGUGUUUCUCUACAGACCUGGAACCGGGCGGGACAUCAAUGGCUCCGCCUCUGUGUGUCAGUCAUUGUGGCUUCUCCUUCUGCCCCUCCUCCUGCCUCUACUCAAGUGUUAAUGCUUAGCGCUGCACUCCUUCACCACAACGCUCCUUAUCCCGCUCUUCUUCAUUCCUCCUCUCACUCUAACUCCCGCCUUCUCCUCUCUCCGUCAGACUGUUUGCAUUUCCAUUCAGUAUAAACCGUGCCUCCUUGCACGCAAAUCUAGGUACACUUCCAAUUACAAAAGUUGAACAGAACGGGCUAGUCGUGUGCUUUAGUGUUGAAAUUUUCAAAAUGAGAAUGGAUUACCAGACCUGAAAGGAAGCAGCAAGAUGCUCUUUCUAUGAUAAAUUGUUAUUAUUUACUCGUUUGUUUUUUUUACUUUGGCUUGUUUUGUUACAUUCGCAAAAUCUAGCGAGAGCUAUAUAACGCUAACGGCAACAAAAUCAACCAAUUCGUUGAAAAGUAACACAGAUUAGUAUCAAUUUAUCCAGAAAUUCCCUUCAGUAUGUGUCGAAUGUGUACCAUGAAUGUCUAGCGUUAGACUUAGCAACUAACACUUAGCAUCAUUGUCUGGAAAGUAGCCAGUCAGUAACUUUUUUGGAACCUUUUGAAUCUUUGCAAAAUACUAUAAGAAGCACUCGGAAUGUCUCCUGGACUUUAUUAGCACCUCAUUCAGUUUGGGCUAACCAGCUAGCAGACAUGUAUACGUAAUGCCUGACUCUAAAAGCGCUAAAAGGUAAACUGUAAGCUAACAGUGAAAAAUCUAACAAACUAGUCAGGAAUCUUUGUAUACAGCAGGCCUGUGAAAAGCUUUGAAAUAAAAACAUAGUGAGACCUCACUUCCUGUUAGCAAACUCAAAGUUAGUGAGGGAGCGUAGAUAGCUGCUGUGUAAUUGAAGCGGUUGAAUUUAAAAUGAAUGAACAGAUUUGGUUUGUGAGAGCAACACAUCCUCCACACUACGACCUCACAAUUCACAAAUCCCUGUGUGGUGACUGUGAAAAAUGAAAUGUUAUAAAUGAAACGGUCAAUAUUAGCGCUUAGAAAGCCAGGGGUCUGAGGUAUGUUUUCAUACGAAAUGGCUCUUGCUAGAAUUCCCACAGGUGAGAGUUUUAAUUAAAAGGGAAUCUCUUGUUGCACUACUUGAACAACAGAAUCAAAAACUGAGGGUGUGUGCCGAGAGAUGAUGAUCGUUGUUAUUAUUUUAUUUUAUUGUUGUUGUUUUACUCCACAUGUAAAACAAGUUCUGUUCUGACAUGUUGGGCGUCACUUUAAUGAAAUCUCAUUAAACCAUAUUAACCGUGUUUCUGCGGGGGGAAAAAAUGUUCCAUCACUUUACUGUGUCCAUUUGUGGAAAACGUACCAUACUGCUAAUCUGUGUGAGACUUUUUUUUUUGGACUGAAAUGUACGACACCAAUGAAUGCUCUGCUUCUUCUUCUUCUUCUUCUUCUUCUUCUUCUUCUUCUUCUUCUUCUUAUUAUUAUUAUUAUUAUUAAAAUAAUUCUCAUUUCUUUUAUGAAUUUUUCAAAUGGAAGCUCACAAAGCUGUUUUUUCUCUUUUUUUCAUUCAAGAUUUCAAUUAACGUUGUAUAUAUGUACUUGAAUCCAUUGUCCUUAUAUAUAAUUAUAUAUAUAUAAAUAUAUUAUAAAAAAAAUGAAUAUAUUAUGUCCAUGUUUCUUAAUAGGCUAGUGGAUUUGUCGAGGAUUAACUUGUAGUGUUGCAUCUCGGUGCACCCUGUAAGUAAAAUCGAUUAGGAGACAAAAAGAUUUUAAAUAUCGGGGGAAAAAAACAACGCGUUACUGUAACUUCUCGGAUGAAAGUUAGAGCAACUGUACCUUUGCGCUGAUCUUCAUAUUUUUCGUUUUUUAUAUAACUUAACGAUGAUUCCAGUACAAAAAUGAGGAAGCUACAGUAUUGUGCCGUUUAAGAUGAAUUAUAAUGUUUGUUAUAAAAUUCUUUAUAAUUUCACUUGCUAGGUUUAUGUUAAGGCUACGUUUGGCAUUUUGUUUAAAUGCGACAUGGUUCUCCAUCGUAUUGUCCACCUUGUAGAUUCAUUUAAAAAUCUUCGUAAAGUUACGAAGGAUGCUCGAUUUUUCUCCUUGACUUACGACGUGCUUACACUGCGUGCCCCGCCCACAAUUGUGAUUGACAGCGCCAUCAGCCAGUGAGCUGGGUCGAUGCCUUGUUAAAUCUACAAACAUGUCUCUGUCCUAAAUGCUAGAAUUCAUGACUAGUUAGCAAAACUCCUCAAAAACCAAAACAACUCUUGUUAGAAAUGGUGCCAUGUUAACUAAAUGUAGCUACACAGCUAUGUUAUCUGUAUUUAGAGGUCGUAUUUGUUAAGUUUCCCUUUUUUUUUUUGUUGCAAGCAUUUAGGUGGUAGAGCGCUAACUCAUGGGUUACUAAACUAACAGGCGAUUAGCUAGCUACUACUAUUACUAACUAUGUUGGACAGUUCUAGCAUUUGGGAUACAGCCAUAGAACUGUGUGUGAUUGAACUUCUUCACAGUUUAGAGUAGGCGAAGCUAAUCAUAAAGGGCUAGCGAUUCCCUUUAGGCUAAAUUUUUUCCCUCCCGCAAAAUAUUCAAACGAUUGCUUUACCUGAAUAAUUCCACAGUAUAUGUCCUCCUACUCUAAAAUGUGACUGUUUUGCGUCCCACCUGUUGAAUGCUGAUGUGCAAAUGUGUGUAUAUGUUUGAGUUUUAUGUGGAUGCACAGACUUACACAAGCUACCAGGUCCAGCUAACAAACAGCUGCCUCACGUGUUAGCCUUUCACGCCCACAUAACUUUGUUUUCCUGUACAUUUUUUGGUUGUUGUUUUUUUCCCCCAUACGUAUCUGUGAAGUUUACACCCUCAUUACAUCGCAGCAACAUUUUGUAACAGCUUUGUUUUGUUCCAAGGUUACUGCAAUCAAUUUCUUAAAAAUCGUACGUACUGUAAAAGUACCGAUGAAACGUUCAGAAGCUAAAUAAAGUCAUUUGAAUUUGACAUGAUGCGAUUAAACUGGUGACUUUUUUUCUUUCUUUUGUGUUUGUUCGUUCGUUAGUUCAUUUGUGGUGGUGUGUGACUUAUGGUGUGAAUUCUUUCAUAUGAAGAACAAAUAAACUAACAGAUCUCGAACAUAAUUUCUUGGUCCAACUGUUCCUUUAGAGUCUAUUUUUAUUAUUAUUAUUAUUACUAUUAUUAUUAUUACCUCUAUUAAUUUUGAUUUAUUAGUAAAUAAUCAGUUCAAAAUUUCUUCCAAAUACCUUUCUUUUUUUUUUUUUUUUAAACAGCAGAUUAAAUAUUCACAAAAUUAUAAGCGAGGUCAUGUGGAUGCACUUUAUAACCAGCUUGCUAAAUAAUUUCGUAUAUAUAUAUGUGUGUGUGUGUGUGUGUGUUUUGAUUUUAUAUAUAUACAGUAAGUAUUGAACUUGUCAACAGUUUUUCAGUAACUAUAUUUCCAAUGAGGUUAAUCACAUGAAGUUUUCACCAGACACCAGUAUUAACUCAAGAAAUCCGGAAAUAUAAAGAAUUCACAACAAUAAAGUCUAUAAAUAAAGUUAUGUGUAAUAAAGUGGAAUGACAUGGGGAAAAAAAGUAUUGAAAACACUAAGAAAAAGCAGUUCUCCAAGGCAAGGAACCAGCUGAAAUCCAUAAGUAAUUAUACCUCCUAUCUGUGCAAAUUAAUAUCAACGGGGCUGAUAAAUUAAUAUUAAUUGAUGGUCUAUAAAAAGGCUUUUCGUUACCAAGGUGUCACACAAGAAACAUCUCAUGAUGGGUAAAAGCAAAGAGCUCUCCCAAGACCUUCAGAACCUUAUUGUUGUGAAACAUAUUGAUGGAAUCGGAUACAGACGUAGUGAAAAACUUCUGAAUCCUCCAGUAAGCACCAUUAUCCACAAGUGGAAGCAACAUCACUCCAUCAUCAACCGGCCACAUGCAGGAGCUCCUCACAAGAUUUCUGACCAGGGAGUGAGAAGAAUAGUAAGAAGCAUAGCCCAAGAGCCAAAGACCACUCAGAAAGAGCUCCAGAAACACUUGGAGGCAGCAGGUACGAUUGUCACAGAGAAAACAAUAGGCAAUGCACUCCACUGCUCACGCUCACCCCGAAAGACUCCAUUACUAAAGAAAAGGCAUGACGAAGCUCAUUUAAAGUUUGCUACAACUCAUUUGGACAAGCUUAUGAAAUACUGGGAGAGUGUAGUCUGGUCAGACGAGAGCAAAAUUGAACUUUUUGUCUGUCAUACUACCUACCAUAUUUGGAGAAGAAAUGGCACUGCACAUCACCCUAAAAACACUAUACCAACAGUGAAGUUGGGAGGUGGAAGCAUCAUGGUGUGGGGCUGUUUUUCAUCACAUGGUACUGGCAGACUUCAUAUAAUUGAAGGAACGAUGAAUGGAGCACAUUUCUUGAGAAGAAUCAUCUGCCAUCCACCAGGAUGAUGAAGAUGAGAUGUGGGUGGACUUCCAGCAGGACAACGAUCCAAAACAUACAGCAAAGGAAACUCUUAAUUGGUC